AUGAAGAGUUUCCGCGUAGUUUGCAGGUUCCCCGCCAUGUUGCAGCUGCUAGCACUUGUGGGACUUGCAUUGGUUCCGCAAAGCGCUCUCAGUUCUCAAAACGGCGUGUACGUAAAACUCUUUCCCGGCCGUGAGUUGUGUUUGAGUUACGAGGGGUACCGGGAAGUGGAGGAAACACCGCCAACAGUUGCCUUGCGACAUCGCGCCCUCUCGCCACGUAACGUUAACGUGCGAACACGCCUCUACGGCCCUGAUGGAAACAUUAUACGACAUGAUGACCGCAUCGAUCCCUUUGGACAACCAGCGUCUUUCUUCUUUAAGGUAACAAAGACGGGUACAUAUCGGGUUUGCAUGCGUACACCGUUGAACCACCCGCCGCUAUCGUUUGACAUGCGUUUCAUCGGCGAGCGCGAUGUGGCGCAGUCACCGGAGACCGUUGAGGGAGUGGAAGUUGCUGACAAACCAAUAGAAGCCUCCGACUAUCAAAGUUCACUUCACAUGUUGGACAUUUGUGUGCAAGUGGCUCUAGAUGAAGUGCGUAUGAGUGAGAACCGCCUUCAUCUUCUUGAUGAGAUUACAAACUCUACGUACAACCGCGUUGUGGGAUUCUUAAUUCUGAACGUUCUGCUUGUCAUUGUUGCUAGCGUUGGGUCAGAGAAGUAUUUGGAACGAUUCUUUAUAAAGCAGAAGAUUGCUUAA